AUGUCCAAUGUCAGUGUAAAGACAGCCAAAUUCGAAUCAGACCAUCAAAGAGAGAAGUUUGAUGAGUUUGUGGAUUUACAUCUACCAGAUAUCCUUAAUCAAGCUCAAUAUGAUGAAUUAUUUGGGUAUCAACUGAGUUCACAAGGUGAAUAUUUUAACAAAGAUGUGUUUGAUGCAUUGAUUUUCAAAUAUUUAAAGGCAAAUGAUUUCCAAAUACAAGAAUCUAAAGAUCAAUUAUUGAAUACAUUGAUCUGGAGGAAAAAUUUCAAUCCAUUAAGUGCUGCUUUUAAUGAAACUCAUGAUUCAAAAUUUGAUGAUAUAGGAGUCUUGACAAAUUAUGGAAACAAUACAGCCAAUACGAAAAUUAUAACAUGGAACUUGUAUGGGGCUGGAGGUAAUCCAAAAGAGUUAUUCAAAGAUUUAGAGAAAUUCUUACGUUAUAGAAUUGGGUUAAUGGAGAGAAGUGUUCAAUUACUAGAUUUUACUAAUGAGGAAAAUUGUUUCAUGACUCAAGUUCAUGAUUAUAAAGGUGUUUCAUUUUUAAGAAUAGAUCCUGAUAUUAAGAAGGGAAGUAAAGCAACUAUCCAAAUCUUCCAAGAUUAUUAUCCAGAGUUGUUAUAUAAGAAAUUUUUCGUCAAUAUUCCAUCAGUGUUGUUUUGGGUAUUUGAAUUUAUGAAAAAAUUAUUACCAACUGAAACAACAAAGAAAUUUAUCAUAUUAAACCACAGUACAGGUAUUUAUAAAUACUUGGGAGAUGAAGUUCCUUCUAAAAAUUAUGGCGGUAAAGGUAAAGAUUUAGAAUUACAAAAUGUUAAAGAAAUCAAACCACCAGUCUAUGGGGCACAUUUAUCACAACAAUUAUUUACUAAUGAAGUUGAUUAA